UCCGCGUCCGCCCCGGCUCCGGCUUCGGCCUCAGCACCGCGCCCGGCUCCGCCGCGGCCCACCAAGCCCCGGGGGCAGCCGAGCCGCCGCCGACUCCCGCAGAGCUCCGGGUGCCCGCGCGGGGGGCCAUGCCGUGCCGGAGGGAGGAGGAAGAGGAAGCCGGCGAGGAAGAGGAGGAGGAGGAGGAGGAGGAGGAGGACAGCUUCCUCCUGCUGGAACAGUCGGUGACUCUGGGCGGCUCGGGCGAGGUGGACCGGCUGGUGGCCCAGAUCGGCGAGACGCUGCAGCUGGACGCGGCGCAGGACCGCCCUGCCUCCCCGUGCGCGCCCCCGGGGCCGCCACUGCAGCCCCCGCGACCCCCGGCGGUGGUGCGCGCGGACAAGGCCCGAGCCCCGGCUCUGCCGUUGCUUCUGCCGCCCGCCUCGGCCGAGACUGGGGGUCCGGCUCCCCCGGGGGCCCUGCGCUGCGCCCUCGGGGACCGCGGCCGGGUGCGGGGCCGGGCUGCGCCCUACUUUGUGGCCGAGCUCGCCGCAGGCCCCAGCGCGCUGUCCCCACUGCCCCCUCAGCCCAGCCUUGAUGGGCCUUCGGGAGCUGACAAGCGAGGCGCCCCGCAGCCGCUGUCGGGUCCUUGCCGGCGAGGAUGGCUGCGAGACGCCGCCGCCUCCCGCCGCCUGCAGCAUAGACGCGGGCUACAACCUCAAGCCCGCACCGGCGACGACGAUCCGCACCGGCUUCUGCAGCAGCUCGUGAUCUCGGGGAACCUCAUCAAGGAGGCCGUGCGGAGGCUUCAUUCGCGACGGCUGCAGUUACACGCAAAACUUCCCCGACGCCAGCUCGUGGGCCCUCUUUCGGCCCCAGUGCAUGAGCCCCCUUUGCCCCGCAGCCCUCGCGCGGCCUGCAGCGACCCUGGCUCUUCUGGGAGGAGGGCGCAGUUCAGAACUGGCGACGGCGUUCUAGUCCCCGGCAGCUAACACCCCGAGAGUGGCCACAGCGGUAGCCUCUGCCUGGAGGGCAAGGGGCUCCCCCUGAGGGCUGCGUCUCUACUCAGACUGGUGAACUCGCGCUUUUGGAAGAGGGAAAAUAACUAAUGAAGACGAGGAAUCGAAAAAUCGCGAAUGUUUUCGUGGGAACUGAGGUCGAGGGCCCCGAUAUGGUUGAAAAACAAGACUUCGUUGGUCCUAUUUAAGGCAGAUUACAGAGCGCACCCCAAGCUCACAGUCAGCAGGACUCCUCAUUGGCGUGACCAGUCCUGGUGGCGCAGCGUGCAGUUCCACGCAGCCUCUCCGGGCCCUCCAGCCUGACGACCAUGUGGUCACAGUCCACGCUUCUUAGGAUCGCCGAACGCCCAAAGGACGAAGAUGAUCCCAGUUACUUGCUUUACCUUUACAGGGCUGGUUCCUGAUCCACUUUGGGGGAGAGGAACCUGUGUAGAUCAUUUCAGGGAGUACCUCAAACUGCCAGACUUGAAAUUCUACGAAACUU